GCGCUGACGGCCGCGCCGCCUCCGGAGGGGGCCGCUGGGCCACCUGAUCCUUUCCGGCCGAUGCAGAUCGCCAACAGCAACGCCUCUGCGAAAAGGAAGCGACGGCCAGCCGGCACUCCUGACCCAGACGCGGAGGUGGUGUCGCUGUCGCCGCGGACGCUGCUGGAGUCUGACCGGUACGUGUGCGAGAUCUGUAACCAGGGAUUCCAGCGGGACCAGAACCUGCAGAUGCACCGGCGGCGUCAUAAGGUGCCGUGGAAGCUGCUGAAACGGGAGGCCGGCGAGGCGGCGCGGAAGCGGGUGUUCGUGUGCCCCGAGCCGACGUGCCUCCACCACGACCCCGCCCACGCCCUCGGCGACCUCGUCGGCAUCAAGAAGCACUUCCGGCGGAAGCACAGCGGCCACCGCCAGUGGGCUUGCUCCCGCUGCUCCAAGGCGUACGCCGUCCACUCCGACUACAAGGCGCACCUCAAGACCUGCGGCACCCGCGGCCACACCUGCGACUGCGGCCGCGUCUUCUCCCGGGUGGAGAGCUUUAUCGAGCACCAGGACAUGUGCGACGCCAGCCGGCCCCGGGGCGACACGACAUCGUCGUCGCCGGGCCAUGGAGGCGGCAGGGUGGUAGGCGUGGCAGCUGCUUCCAACUCUCAUCACCAUCAGCUACAUGCGGCGUCCCUGUCGCGGACGGCGUCCAGCGCCAGCCCGUCCAGCGGGGGCGAGCUCGUGGGGAGCCCGGUGGCCUGGCCUUGCGGCCCGGCGACAGCGAGCCCCACGGCAGCCAACGUCGCAGCAUUCCAUCGGAUGUUCGACCAGACGCUGUCAUCGUCAUCUCCGAUGCCGUCCGACCGCCGCAGCGCCGGGACCCAAAACCUGGAGCUGCAGCUCAUGCCGCCGCGCGGGGGCGGAGCGGCUCCUCCUGGUACAGCUGUUACGUAUCGUCCGUCGCCGCGUUCCCCUGCCGUUCUUCACGCUCCCCGGCAGCUGGGCGCCGACGCGGUGCGGCUGCAGCUUUCCAUCGGCUGCGGCGGCGCGCCUGACGACAGCAGCGUGGAGUCGGCGCCGGCGGCGGCUGCGACGCUGAAGGAGGAAUCCCGGGAGCAGCUAAGGCUGGCGACUGCAGAGAUGGCCUCGGCGGAGGACACGCGGGCGCAGGCCAGGCGGCAGGUGGAGCUGGCCGAGCAGGAGCUGGCGGGCGCUCGACGCGUGCGGCAGCAGGCGCAGCUGGAGCUCAGCCGCGCCCACGCGCUCCGCGACCACGCCGUGCGCCAGAUCGACGCAACGCUGAUGGAGAUCACCUGCUACGGCUGCCGCCACAACUUCCGGGCGAGGGCGGCCGCCAUGAACUGCGAGGUAGCGAGCUACGUGUCGUCCGUGCUGACCGAGGGCGGCGACACCGAAGUCGACAACGACGGCCACCACCAGCUCCUCCUCCAUGCUGAGGACCUGCCAAGAAGCCACCGUGCCAUGAUGGAGAUGGACAUCAACUAGGUCCAUCGAUCUCUAGCUGCCUAGCUGACUCGUCGCACCGAUGUUUAUUAACCUUCAGCAUAUUUUUAGGUUUCCUUCAACAUUCAGCUCGCUCUCCUUUCAUUUGUUU